AUGGAGACCGAGGCCAAGUCGGACAAGUGCAUCAACAUCUCGGACGACCACCUGACGGCGUUCAUGAAGAAUGCCUCCAGUCUCGCAGGCCCCGAGAAGGACGGCUUCUCCUUUGACCGCGUGUUCGACACGGACACGAAGCAGGAGGACAUUUUCGAUUUCGGCGUCAAGACGAUCGUCGAGGACGUCAUGACCGGAUUCAACGGCACGCUGUUCUGUUACGGCCAGACGGGAUCUGGAAAGACGUACAACAUUGAGAACCCGGAACUGAAGGGUCUGAUUCCCCGAAUCACGGAGCAGAUCUUCGAGUCCAUCCUCAACGCCGACAGCACGUUCGAGUACACCGUCAAGGUGUCGUACAUGGAGAUCUACAUGGAGCGCAUCAAGGAUCUGCUUGCUCUGCACGAGGACAAGACGCGCGGCGUCUACGUCAAGAAUCUGUCCGAGUACUAUGUGUCCAGUGAGGAGGAGGUGUACAAGGUCAUGAAGGCUGGUGGCUCGAGCCGUGCGGUGUCCUCGACGAACAUGAACGCCGAGUCGUCUCGAUCUCACUCCAUCUUCGUCAUCGGUAUCCACCAGCGGAAUACCGAGACCGGCAGCCAAAAGUCGGGCAACCUGUACCUCGUCGAUUUGGCUGGUUCCGAGAAAGUCGGCAAGACCGGCGCCUCGGGACAGACACUUGAGGAGGCCAAGAAGAUCAACAAGUCGCUGUCUGCGCUUGGUAUGGUCAUCAACGCACUCACCGACGGCAAGCUCACGCGUAUCCUGCAAGAGUCGCUCGGAGGAAACUCGCGCACGACGCUGAUCAUCAACUGUUCGCCGGCGUCGUACAACGAGCCCGAGACGCUGUCCACGCUCCGCUUCGGUAUGCGUGCCAAGUCGAUCAAGAACAAGGCCCGAGUCAACGUCGAGCUGUCGCCCGCCGAGCUCAAGGCCAUGCUCAAGAAGACGACGGCCGAGCUCGCCGCUGUGCGCGAGUACGCCGCCGCGCUCGAGGAGGAGAACAAGAUUUGGCGCUCUGGCGGCAAGGUCGACGAGUCCAAGUGGACACCGUCGCUGCAGUCAUUAUCCACGAGCCGGACCAAGUCGACUGCCUCGCCUGCCCCCACUGGCUUCUCGGACAGCCGACCAGACACGCCGGUCACGAUGGACAAGGACGAGAAGGAGGAGUUCCUGCGACGCGAGAACGAGCUCAGCGACCAGCUGGCGGAGAAGGAGCGCGCUCUCCUCGCGCAGGAGAAGCUCAUGGCCGACCUCAAGGACGAAAUUGCGUACCUCAAGGAGCAGGAGGAUUCGUGGAAGAAGGAGAACAAGGGCAUGUCGCACGAGCUGUCCGAGCUUCGGAUUGCAUCUGCGCGCUUCGAGUCCGAGUCCAAGGACGCCUCGAUCACACUCGACACGUACAAGGAGAAGGUGGCCGACCUGCAGCGGGACAUUGACGAGCAUAAGGCACAGAUCGAGGAGCUCAAGAACCUGCAGUCGAGCGCCAAGGAGGAGGAGAAGGAGAAGCGCAAGCAGGAGAUGCUGAACGAGAUGAUGGCCAAGAUUGACAUUGGCGGCGCCAACCUGGACGCGUCGGGCGAGAAGCUGCGGCAGGUGCUGAAGCAGCUGGACGGCGUGCGUGACGCGGACAAGGAGGCGUCGAUGAGCGCCGACAUUCGUGAGCUCGUCCAGGCGCACCUGGCCGAGAACCAGGAGCUCGUGCGCGACCUGCAGGAGCGCCUGCGGCUGAGCCACGAGGAGGCCGAGCUGCAGACGAAGCGCCGGCAGGAGGUCGAGAAGCACCUGUCAAAGCGCGACGAGGCGUACGAGGCGCUGCUGGAGAAGACGGCGUCGAGCCAGUCCAUGGCCGUCGACGACAUCAAGUCGCAGAUCGAGGCCAAGUUCUCUGCGAAAGAGGAGAUGCUCCGCGGCGAGAUUGCUGCGCUCACCGAGCGCGCCGAGAGCCGCGCGACUGAGAUUCGCAGGCUCCAGAACACGAUCGACUCGUACAAGCUCUCGAAUGAGGAGCUCGAGCGCGCCCUCUCAACCGCGUCCAACGGUAUCCAGGACGGCGAGACGUUUGCCAAGGCGACGCGCGACCUCGAGCGCAGCCGCAAGCAGCACGAGCUGCAGUAUGCCGAGUUCGAGAUCAUCAAGAAGUCGCUCAUGAAGGAUCUGCAGAACCGCUGCGAGAAGGUCGUGGAGCUCGAAAUGCAGCUCGACGAGGUGCGCGAGCAGUACAAGGUGAUCGCGCGCAGCGCGAACAGCCGCGCGCAGCAGCGCAAGCUCGAGUUCCUGGAACACAACCUCGACGCGCUGAACAUGGUGCAGAAGCAGCUCGUGGAGCAGAACACGGCGCUGAAGAAGGAGGUCGGCAUCGCGGAGCGCAAGCUGAUCACGCGCAACGAGCGCAUCCAGAACCUCGAGACGCUGCUGAACGACGCGGACGCGAGGCUCGCGCAGAAGAACCAGCGGUACGAGCAGCAGAUCCAGGCGAUCCGCGAGCGGCUCGCCGAGGUGCAGGCGCAGCAGCAGGCGAGCGCGUACAAUGCCCAUGCGCGCAUUGCCAAGCCGCUGAGGGGCGGUGGUGGUGCUGCUCCCAGCGCGCCGUCGUUCCAGUCCGCAAACCCCAUCUCGAGGCUGCAGGACGAGAGCGCGGCUAGUGCCAAGAGGCAGAGCUGGUUCUUUUCCAACUCGCCGGCGCGCUGA